AUGGAGGAGAAGCAGGGGGAGAAACAAGACCUGCCGGCCAACGGUCAUGCGAAGGCGAAGGCGAAUGCCGCGCUGGAAAGGAUUGAAGCAGAACUAGUUGAACAGGAAAACAUCUUCCUUUUCAUUCCGAAUAUCAUCGGCUACACGCGAAUCGUCCUGGCGAUCGCUUCCCUCUACUAUAUGCCCCUACACCCGCGAACAUGCUCGGGCCUCUACAGCUUUUCCUGUAUUCUGGACGCCGCCGACGGGCUGGCGGCGCGGCGGUAUAAUCAGUCCACCACGUUCGGUGCGGUGCUGGACAUGGUCACCGACCGGUGCACCACCUCUUGUCUGCUGGUUUUCCUGGCCUCGGCGUUCCCAAGAUGGUCCAUCGUCUUCCAAGGCUUGAUCAGUUUGGACCUUGCCAGCCACUACAUCCACAUGUACGCAAGCUUGACCAUGGGAUCGAGCAGGCAGAGUCACAAGAAGGUGGAAGCGAGCAGGAGCUAUAUCCUCCACCUUUACUAUACGAACAGGACUGUCCUGUUUUUGUUUUGCGCCCUCAACGAACUUUUCUUCAUCGCGCUCUACCUGCUCUCCUUCUCCUCGCCUCUUCUGUCUCCUUCGUUGCUACUUACACCCCAGAGCGCCCCAAUAUCCGCUCAGCCUGGCUCCCCGGCGCACCCGAAACCGAGCACCCUGUUUGCAAAUCCCUGGAGCGCUGGAGCGCUGGAGAUGGCCCGCGCCAACAAGAUGGACAGUACAAUACCGUGGAUUUUGGCCGGCGUCAGCUUCCCCGUCAUGUUCGGCAAGCAGAUCAUCAAUGUGAUCCAGCUGGUGAAGGCGAGCAAAUGGUUGGGAGAGGGAGACAUUGCCGCGAGAAGAAAAGCCGGGAUCGUGGCGGGCAAGAAGAGGGCGUGA